UUUUAUUUCUAUGAAGCAAAGCAAAGAUGUGGAGCUUUCAAAACCUGCUGUUGACCAUCUGCAUUGUUCUGAGGUGUGUGACCAGUGCAGUAGGGGUGAUCCAUGUGACUGGAUAUGUGGGGAGUAUAGUUAAAGUUUCCUGUUCCUAUGAUGAGGGUUACGAGUCUUAUGAGAAGUAUCUGUGUAAGAACAACUGUGGUGACAGUGAUGUUCUUGUUACAACAUCGGAAUCAAGGAAAAACAAAUACAGGAUCCAUGAUGACAAAACAGCACGAAUCUUCACAACGACCAUCUCUGAUCUUCAUUCUGAGGAUGCUGGGAAAUACUGGUGUGGAGUGACCAUAACUGGAAAAGAUAUCUACACUGAAGUUGAGCUGAAAUUAGUGCCAGACAGAUGCUGUGACACUGUGACUACAGUCCAAAGUUAUGAGGGAUACUCUGAGUCCAUCAGUUGUCCAUAUGACUCUCAGUAUCAGAACAACUUCAAGUACAUCUGCAGAGGAAACCUGCCCUCCACAUGUCUGCAGCAGGCACUAAUCACCUCUAACAACAGAGAAAAUCGACGAUUCAGACUUGAUGAUGAAAAAAUGUUAAGAAAGUUUACAGUGGCCAUUAGCAAUUUGACUCAAAGUGAUUCAGGGUCAUACCUCUGUGGUGUCCAAAGAAACUCUGACCUGGAUGUUUUCUCUGCUGUUGAGCUGAAGGUCAAAGAGUGGUGCUGCGUCAAGUCAACUAAAGUAACAGGUACUGCAGGGCAUCCAUUAACUCUGCAGUGCCCUUAUCCUUCACAAAAUCAAAAUAACAGGAAGUUCCUCUGUAAAGGAGACCACCGCAACAGCUGCAGAGACAUGGCGAUGAUUGAAAGCAGACUCACACUACGAGAUGAUAUUUAUUCCAACUCUUUCUCAGUGACGAUCACAAAGAUACAAGCGGAUGAUGCUGGGACAUACUGGUGUGGGUCAGACUCACAAUGGAGAGUUGGAAACCAUGUUAAGAUUCAGCUGUCAGUUGUGUCUCCACAGCACACCAGCACUGUACCUUCCACAAUGGAAAUUCCAGGAAAAACUACAACACACAAUAAAACUACAACUCAAAAUAGACCUAAUAAAGAUGCAGGGCAGUAUGUGGUUUAUGCUGUGCCCGCUGUGCUGCUGCUACUGAUAUGUGCCCUCGUGGUUACAGUUUAUCAAUGCAAACAUCAGAAAGUAAAAGACGGUAAAGCUGUCAUGAACAGAAAUGCAGAGAACGAAGAAGGUUUAGAGGAAGUGACGGCUGGUGCAGAAAAUAACAUCUACGGAAAUGAAGAAGUUGUGAGGUACAAACAACAGAGUGCCUGUAACAACUAUGACGAUGCAGGUGAAGAUGAACCAGACUAUGAAAACUUCACAACAUCUGAAGAAGUUUACUGUAAUGAAAAUUUCCACAGAAGAUAAACAGAGUAUGCAUUUCAUGUCAAAAUGUGGGUUUCACCUAUAUAGAUUUUAACUUGUUUGAUUUCUCUUUAACUGUUGAACAACAAAUUUCAAUGAACAGCCUUCUCUUUGUCACACUGAAAAGCUCUUUAUGCGUGUGUAGCUUGACUUGUUUUUAUAGCUUAAUUUUUAUUGUUUAGUGUUUUUUCUGACGUUGUGGAAAAACUCAAACUAAAUUACUAAGAUGAGAGCAAAGUAAAUAAAUA